AUGAGGGGGGGGAAGGGGGGGGCGAGCGGUGAGGCGGGGGGGCGGGUGAGGGGCCGCGUCCUGGCGGCCUGGAACAGCGUCAGAUACGGUUGGACCCUGCGCUCGAGGUCCCGGUUGAGCAGAGCCGCCCCUCUGCACCUCCUGGGGCGCCGCUACCGCCCCGACAGCCACGAGGAGCUUCGUCGGUUCCGGUGCGAUUUCUCAUCGCGGUUGUGGUUCACGUAUCGGCGCGAGUUCGCGGCGCUUCCGGAGUCCCUUUGGAGCACCGACUGCGGUUGGGGCUGUACUCUGCGCUGCGCACAGAUGCUCUUGGGCCAAACGCUCAUCCUCCACCUCCUGGGGCGCGACUGGAUGUGGCCGGAGGCUCCGGCAGAGCCGGGGUCGCGGUCUCGGCGGCCGAAGGACCCCCACGACGGGCACAGCACCCCCAGUUUGGCACCAGCGCCUCCCAGUUUGGCACCAGGGCCUCCCAGUUUGGCACCAGGACCUCCCAGUUUGGCACCAGGAUCUCCCAGUUUGACAUCAGGACCUUCCAGUUUGGCACCAGGAUCUCCCAGUUUGGCACCAGGAUCUCCCAGUUUGGCACCAGGACCUCCCAGUUUGGCACCAGGACCUCCCAGUUUGGCACCAGGACCUUCCAGUUUGGCACCAGGACCUCCCAGUUUGGCACCAGGAUCUCCCAGUUUGGCACCAGGACCUCCCCGGAUGGAGAUGGGAUCCAUUGGGGCGUCCCCGGGACUCCUCAGGAGGGCCCUGGGAUCAGCUCGGAUGUCACCGGGACACCCCAGGAUGGAGAUGGAAUCCACUGGGGUGGCACUGGGACCUACUGGGAUGGCACCAGGAUCCGCUGGGAUGUCACUGGGAUCACCAGGACACACCAGGAUGUCACCGGGACCCCAUGGAACGCCACCAGGAUCCACUGGGAUGUCAUUGGGAUCCCAUGGGAUGUCACCAGGACACACCAGGAUGUCACCGGGAUCCACUGGGAUGUCACUGGGAUCACCAGGACACACCAGGAUGUCACCGGGACCCCAUGGAACGUCACCAGGAUCCACUGGGAUGUCACCGCGAUCACCAGGACACACCAGGAUGUCACCAGGAUCCACUGGGAUGUCACCGGGAUCACCUGGAUCAUCACCAGGACGUCCAAGGAUGUCACCGGGACUCUCUGGAACAUCACCAGGACACACUGGGAUGUCACCGGGAUCAUCUGGAAUGUCACCGGGACACACCAGGAUGGAGACAGGAUCCACUGGGAUGUCACCGGGACACACUGGGAUGUCACCAGGAUCCACUGGGAUGUCACUGGGACCCCCUGGAACAUCACCAGGAUCUACUGGAAUGUCACCAGGACACACCAGAACGUCACCGGGACCCCCUGGAACGUCACCGGGACCCCCUGGAACAUCUCCAGGAGCCCCUGGAACGUCACCGGGACCUCCUGGAAUGUCACUGGGACCUCCUGGAACAUCUCCAGGACCUCCUGGGAUGUCACCGGGACCCCUUGGAAUGUCACCAGGACCCCCUGGAAUGUCACCGGGACCCCCUGGAAUGUCACUAGGACACACCAGGAUGUCACCGGGACCUCCUGGAACAUCUCCAGGACCCUCUGGAAUGUCACCGGGACCCUCUGGAAUGUCACCAGGACCCCCUGGAACAUCUCCAGGACCCUCUGGAAUGUCACCAGGACCCCCUGGAAUGUCACUGGGACCCCCUGGAAUGUCACCGGGACCCUCUGGCACAUCUCCAGGCCCCUCCGGGACGUCCCCGGCAUCGGCUGAGCUGCCCCGACGCCCCCCCAGGCCCGAGCGGGGUCCCUUCACCGCUUCGUCCCCCGUCCCCCCUUUAUCGCCGCAGGACGCCGAGCGGUGUCACCGCGCCAUCGUCGCCUCCUUCGCCGACCGCCCCGGCGCGCCCUUCGGCAUCCAUCGCCUCGUGGAGCUCGGCCGCGGCGCCGGCAAGAAAGCGGGGGACUGGUACGGCCCCUCGGUCGUCGCCCACAUCCUGCGGAAGGCGGUGGAAUCGUGUCCGGAGACGCGCGGCCUCUCCGUUUACGUCUCCCAGGACGGCACCGUUUAUAAAGGGGACGUGGCCGGGCUGGUGCGCGGCGAGGCCGACGGCGGCGGCGAGACGGAGUCGCGGCGAGCUGUCGUGGUGCUGGUGCCGGUGCGGCUCGGCGGGGAGAGCCUCAACCCCCUCUACGUGGACGGCAUCAAGGAGCUGCUGCAGCUCGAGGCGUGUGUGGGUGUCAUCGGGGGACGGCCCCGGCACGCGCUCUACUUCCUCGGCUUCCAGGACGAUUCGCUGCUCUUCCUCGACCCCCACCUCUGCCAGUCCAGCGUCGACACCUCCCGACAGGGCUUCUCCCUCCAGUCCUUCCACUGCCGCUUCCCGCGGAAGAUGCCCUUCUCCAGGAUGGAUCCCAGUUGCACCAUCGGCUUCUACGCCGCCGGCGGUGCCGAACUGGAGGCGCUGUACGACCGUCUGUCCCGCGUGCUGGCCCCCCCCUCAGCGCCCCGGUACCCCCUUUUCACGCUGACCGAGGGGUGCGCGCCGGAGCCCCCCCCGACCCCCCCAAACCCUCCGGGGCCCCCCUGCACCGGCAAGCGCCCCAAAACCCCCGCCGGCGACGACUUCGUCUUCCUGUGAC